GCAAUACUCAUUUUAUGGGGAAUUCACAGCAAAUGCAUGGCGGAUAUAGGAUAAAUAUUUGUGUUCAUGAGUUUUUAGAAGCUAUUUGUAGUUGAUUGGCUUCAUCAGCGUUUUUGACUUUCAAGCGGAAACAUAUAGAGCAAUCUAACCUGUUCCGCAGCAAGGUUUAUUUAUUGUACACAUCUCAUGCGCUAAAAGUGUCCGGGUAUUUAUAGUUCUACUUCUUCCCCAAUGUCCAUCUGUCUGCUUUCGUUAUUGGCUUUUACCUCUUAUCUUUGGCGACUUCAGCAGGUUUAUACAUAUUUUUUUCCAUUUUAAUUUUAUCGUGUACGGUGUUGUAGUAUGAAAGCAUAACCCCUAGAUAUAUAUACGUCAAUUCUUCCCCAAGAUAAAAACCUGCAAGUUAGUCAACAUGGUGCAUUGGAAAGAAAUCGUUCGGGAGAAGCGCCGUAGCCAAGCAGAAUCCAUCCCUCCCGCGUGGCGAUUACAGUCUAUUGCCGAGGAUUUCGUCAAUUCCAUAGACGUGAUCGAAUCGUGUGGCAUCCUCUCGAGCGAGGAGCUGCAAAUCACGAAGAUCACCGAUGCAGUCUCACUGUUGCACCAGAUAGCAACUGGAUCGCUGUCUAGCUUCGAGGUGACGACAGCUUUCUGUAAACGGGCUGCCAUUGCGCAUCAGUUGAUCAACUGCUGUACAGAGAUGUUUUUCGAACGUGCUUUGGAGCGAGCGAGGGAACUUGAUGGGUAUUUGGCGAGGACGGGGAAUGUCGUUGGGCCGUUGCAUGGAUUGCCGAUCUCGAUCAAGGAUGGCUUUGAUAUUGAGGGGAUAGAUACCACGGUUGGGUGGGCUGGGUUGAUCGGAAAACCGGCAAAGAAAUCCGGGAGCGUUGUUAGACUACUGCUUUCUUUGGGAGCAGUGCUCUAUGUUAAAACGAAUAUACCACAGUCACUUAUGAUGUCGGAUUCGUAUAACCAUGUAUUCGGUCAAUCCGUCAACGCCUUCAAUAAACACCUCAUCUCAGGGGGCAGCUCGGGGGGUGAGGGUGCUUUGGUUGGGGCUCAGGGCAGUAUCCUUGGUGUCGGGACCGAUAUAGGGGGUUCAAUUCGAAUUCCCGCUGCGUUACAAGGGCUGUACGGGUUGCUCCCGUGCGUCGGACGCAUUCCAUGGGAAAAAUCAUCGAUGACGCAAAUUUAUAUCGUACCGCCAGUAGCUGGCCCUAUCAGCUAUACCCUGGAAAACGUCGAAAUGUUCAUGAAAGCUGUAGUGUCUUCUCGCCCGUGGGAAACCGACCCAAGAGCAUUACCCAUCCCAUGGCGAGAGGAACUCACCAAGCCGCCCGCCAGACCGUUAAGGAUAGCCUUCAUUUUCGACGAUGGGUUUGUGAAACCACAGCCUCCGAUAACCCGAGCGCUGCGUGAAACCGCGGCUAAAUUCAAAGCAGCAGGCCAUGAAGUAAUCGAGUGGGACGCUUCUUCGCACGAUGAGGGUAUCAAUAUAUGGCUGAAAGCCGUAAUGGCCGAUGGUGGAGAAGAAUGCCGAAACAUGUGUACGUUGGCUAACGAGCCCCUAAUCCAGGGUAUGCUUGUUGGCGAAGAGCGGGAUAAGCUAAACAUCUGGCAACGGCAGCAACUCGAUGUGCAGAAAAUCGCCUAUAGGGAAGCGUACCUUGCCCACUGGAACAGAACUGGUAUCGACGCACUGAUAAUGCCAGUUAUGGCCUGGGUCAAUUUUAAACCGCGCACUUGGGUUGAAAGUAAGCAGUUGCUCGGCUACAGCGCCCUUUGGAACUUGCUCGAUUACGCAGCCCUGACGGUUCCCAUUACCAAGGUUGAUCCUGUCAUCGACGCACCGGAUAGUGAGUGGAUUGGGUACAAGGCUCGGAAUGAAUCGGAUGCUUUUAAUCAUAAGCAAUACAACGUAAAUUUGGUUAAAGGAAUGCCAGUUUCGCUGCAGGUCGUGACGGGGAGACACGGAGAAGAGAAAGCGAUUUCGAUUGCCAAAGUUAUGGAGAACUUGUGAAAUAGAAAGUGUUAGACGUUGUGGAUUUAUGUCAGAAGGAUGCCCUCGAAGUGUAGAUUUUGUGACCAUUUCAUUCACGCAUGGGGAGUGGUUCCAGAAGUGUCAAUUACUGCAAGACGUCAAGUGGGUUCAUAGAACUUUAGAGUCGAUAUGGUUUUCUAGCUUGGAUAGUUGGUAGUGAACACAUGUAUAAUUCAAUGGAAUCAACAUACAAAAGGAUGAGGAAGUCAUUCACGGGGGAAGGAAGGGCGAAGGAAUGAGAGUGAGCAUGGUAACGAUAUCCGAUAGAGGCAUCGUGGAGAGUAAUAGGGAAUAGAAAUGAAAUGAGAACUCUAUAGAUAUGGGUAAAAGGGAAUCAGUUCUUCUCCGCACUGCCGGCGCACUUCCGAUGAAUCAAUAUGCUAUGCCGUACAAGAAGUUCCGCCGAUGCCGCGAACCGGCGGCAAGAUUCACAGUAGAAACGGAUUUUUUCGAUAUGCUCUUCGAAAC